UGGAGAUUUUCUAGUCAGGUUGUUGCUCUUAAUUUUCUGAUUAAGUCCGGUUGCAGAAGAUCUCGUUGUGGUUCUUUUGCAUUUAUUUUCCAAAGCUGGAUAUAUAUUAUUCCAGCAUAUAAUCUAAGACUGCAAAAGCUGGUAUCUUUGAGUCCCAGCAACAGCAAUGAAAGAAUGUCCAAGAAGGGUAAAGUCACGCGAGCUAAAAAUUGGGGUAAAGAUUCAUCAGUUCCAGGCGAAGAAGAAACUGCAUCAGUUAUUUCAUUGUCAAAGGAUGGACGGAUCUGUGUGAAGAUAUUAGCAAAACCUGGAGCAAAGCAAAGCAAUAUAACAGGUUGAACAGUGAUGUGUUGAGCCAUCUUAAAAUAGAAACUCUUAAAUGUUUUGAUGAAUUCAUGCGAUGCAUAAAAACAUGCACUAGAAUUAGCUCAAUCAGACAGUAGGACAUUGCAUGUUCACCCGCGUAACGUUGUGUGUAUUGCUGUAUAGUAGCAGGUCAACAUCAGCUGUCAAGCAGGGCUGUCAACUCCCCACGACUUCCAAUAUUUGUUAAUAGGGAAGGCCUGAUAGAUGACGUCAUAACACAGGCACAUAACAUCAUUUGUAAAGAAAAUACUCGUUGACUUUGAUUGUCACAAAUAUUUCCAAUGACACAAAACGCGCAAAAGAAGUUGUUUGCAUUCCAACAUUUGACCUGCUGACUGGCUUGCUUUCCACCAGUCACAUUGUUGCCUGGAUUAUGACGGCAUAACAGAGUUUAUGAGGAAAUGGUCGAUGUUAAUUGUACGAUAGCUCAAACAAUGCGAAAUAUUUGAAAUUUCGUAAUUUCUGGAAAGGUGAGUCUGCAAGAAAUGGCAAACUUCGGCAAUAAUAUCAUCCGGGCAAUUUCAGACUCUAAUCUGCAGACCGGGAUAUACAGUCCAAAAUGUGGAGUCUCCUGGAUUAUCUGAGAGAGUUGACAGCACUGAAAUGAUAAUGAUGGUGAUAAUGAUGAUGAUGAUAGUAAUGAUGAUAAUGACGAUGAUAAUUUUGCUUCUAUUGUGAUGUUUUUAGGAAGUAUAAUAAUAUCUACUUUAUCUCUUUUACAGAUAUUUCUUCAGAUGGUCUUGGUGUCCAGAUUGGAGCCCUUGCUAGAGAGGGUGAGGCUAAUGAAGAACUGAUUCGGUUCUUAGCAGAGGUACUGAAUGUUAGGAAAAGAAGCCUCUCUUUGGAUAAAGGAUCCAAGUCAAAGCAGAAAAUUGUCUCAAUUGAAUCAACAGAAAUCAAUAUUGAGCAAGUCAGGGAGAGAUUAUCUCAAAAUGUUUUGAAAGAAUAA